AUGUCAAACAACAAUAAUAAUAAUCAAAAUACACUCUUAGAAAUAUUUGGUGGAAUAACUACAAUACUAGUAAUACUAGGAGCAACAGUAUUAAUAUUCAUAAUUGCAAAACUUAAACAGCUUAAGAAAAAGAAACAACAAGCAAGUAACCAAAACCUACCUCAAUAUACCCAAAAGGAGCGACACAAAGAACUAUACCAAACAUAUCAAAUAUUAACCAAACAUUUGGAACAAGAUACUGAUACAUUUUUUCAAGAAUAUUUUAACAAAUAUCCAAAUCCACCAUCAGACGAACAUAAAAUAAAACUUCAAGAAAAACUUAAAGAAUUUGAUCAACGAAUUAAAGAAUUCAUAGAAGGAAAUUUAAUAACAAAAAAGAACCCCAUACAAGAAACAAAACGAGUCUAUAAUUACAAGAAAAAAGAAUAUAGAGAACAAGUCUUCAACUAUAUUGAAGAAGAAGAAAUAAAUCCAGAAGACCUAACUGACGAAGAAAUAACAACAUAUUUAGUAUACUCACUAGUAAUAGCAGAUAGAUCAAGAGUCAAAACAAGCUUAGAAACUAUUUCAAGAAAAUCAUUCAAUGUUAAAAAUUGGUUAAAACAUACUCAGUUAACAUCCUUAAUAUCAGAAUAUGAUGGAUCAAUUGAAAAAUAUAGAGAUUGGAGAAAUCAAUUAGAAAAUGCAUUUAAAGCAUUAAGAUUAGGAGACUUAAUUAUAUUUGGAAGAUACUCAGGAACACCCAAAAGAGGAUAUACACUGAGAGGAAGAGAUUAUAACUCAACAGGAAAUAAUGCGAGUGAAUGCAGAUGGAGUACAGAAAUAAUGCAAAAAUCCAACCUAGAUAAUGCAAAUGAUUUAAAAGAUGCAGAAAACUAUCCAAUAAAAGUAAUAAAUUAUUUACAGGCAGCAGGAGCAUGGCAUGCCUCUGCAACAGCAGAAGGAACAAGGAUAAACCCAAAUGUUACGGAUGCGACAGCACAAAAAGGAUUUAGAGACAGCGAUGACUCAGGAUUAAGAAAGCAAAUUAAUCAGUAUAAAAAACUCAGACAACUGUCAAACUGGCAAUGGGCUCCAAACUUCUUUGGAGGAAACUACAUAAGAGCUGAUACUCUAUUUAGAGCAACAAGAGUAACAAUGGAUAUAAUGGAAAAAUCUAAAAAUGAAAAAACAAACCAUUAUUUCCAAAAAAACCAAAGAAUAAAUAAUGUACAAACAGAACAACCUCAAAAAGGAAAGGAAAAGAAGCAUAUAACAGAGUACAAUCAACUUAUAAAAACUACAACAGAAGACAAAAGAAAAUCUUUAUCAGAAAAUAUUGUUCAUAUUGUGGAAAAGAUAAUGAAUAUCACACCAAAACAUGUCCAAACAAUAAUGCCAAUUAUUAUGAAGGAAAAAGAGCAAGAGGACCAACACCUAUGGUUCAUAAAUAUAACAACUUCAAGAACAAUAAAGGAAAAGAACUCAGAUUGCACCUUGAACCUUACGAUAGAAAAGGAGAGAUCUCAUGGUCAGCACACAAAUUCUGAUAAAAUUACCCAACUUGAUACCGCAAAUCAGCCAAAAAUACAUUUAACAAAGAGCAAAUCAUGUGCAACUAGUUACCUUGCUCGAAAAACUAGUGACCCAGACAAAAGCAAAAAAAACCUGCCAUUGGCACCCAACGUAAAGAAGAAAGCAAAACCACCUUUAAAAAGAAAACUUAAACAAGAGUUUUCAAAAGAAAAUAUAAAACAAAAUGAGUUAACUAAGAAAUGGUCAUUCUCUAAACAAGUUAAAAAGCUUAGAGAACUUGUUAAAGAAAACGAAAAUAGAAUCUUAGGAUUUCAAUUUGAAGGCCCAGACGUAUCUGACUUAGCAGAUAGAUUAGCAAGAACAAUCUUUAUGGCAAAUAAUGAACAACCUGCAAAUAAAGGACAAAAUAAUAAACACUUAAAUCAAAUAUAUAGAGAAGUAGAAGAAAUCUUAAAUAAGAUACUACCUUCAAAGAAAGGAAAAAAGAAGGAAGAUGAACUUCCUAAAGAUCAACCACGAAAAAUGGGACAAAUUAUUAAACAAAAAUUAAAUAGAUUAGACAAAGCUAUACUUGAUGAGAAAUAG